AUGGCCUCCGCCGCAGAAGAGCAGCGGAUGGUCGACUCGGAGCCAUCGGAGCCUUCACCUAUAGCCCAACGCAAGCCAUCUAUUCAAAAACCUGAGGAUAUCCUCGAUCGGUUAGGCGCCCGUCAUCGACGCUUAGUGAUUGCUAUUGUGUCGUGCAGUUUUGUGUGGGUGCGUUCACAUCCAAUUGAUUGCGGUAACUGCACCGAUGCGAUGAUCACCGUUGUCAGCGAGUUUGAUCUACGUGGUGAUAGACUGUACUUGGCAGAAUGGAGUACUUCGUUCUUUAUGGCCUUUGGAAGACGUCCUCUUCUUCUGAUUUGUCUGGCUUUUCAAGCGUUCUUCACCCUUCUAGCCUCAAUGUGCUCAUCCGUACAUCUCUUCUCCAUCUGUCGACUUCUUCAGGGCGCGUGCUAUACGGGUGCUAAUUUAGUCGCGUGGGUUACCGCUUACGAGCACACCCACCCCGAUCUGCGGUCGUUCACCACGUUUCUAUUCGGAGCCACAUGGGUGCUUGGCUAUUCCGUUGUUGCUCUACUGGCUUACAUUUCGGCGACGUGGAGAGAAAUGAUGAUCUGGGGAGCAGGAUCGACUUUCAUCUUCACUUUGUGGUGUUGGAGAUUUGUUCCAGAGACACUCCAUUUUCUCGUCUCGAGACGAAGAGCGAAAAGCAUCCACGAAUGGCUGUCUGGUGUACACUACUCGUCAGCUCAUCAGACCGAUAUCGCCGCUUUGCUCCAGCACCCGGUUGACAAUUCAUCGUCUGAAAAGAGCUCAUUUUUCCACGAGUUAUGGAUCCACAAAAUCUUCAUCCUCUACUGUUUCGUUCAGCUCUACAUGUGGACAUGCGAUAACUUCGUCUAUUUUGGAUUAUCCCUCUACAGUACUCAACUGGCGGGCAAUCCUUAUACGAACUAUCUCCUGAUGGGACUCGUGGAGUUGCCAGCAUACAUUGCUGGACCAAUUUUGCUGGAA